GGGAUUUUGUCCCUGUAGGCACGGGGUGAGGGAUAGUGUGCGGCAUCUGGCAACCCUUCACGUAGUUAGCUAGCCUCGGCUAACGUCCUCGCGCCGUUCACUCAAAAUGGGAUCUUUAUUACCGGUUUAUCCCGCUGUUAUCGUACCUGCGGAAUGCUGUAUGAGCGGCUGCGCGCGGCGGUACUCGGGCUGCGCGCGGUUCUGAGCCGUUAUCCGUGUUAAAGCUGCGGGCCAGCUCGCGCUCUCCGGGAGUUUAGUCGCUAGCAGGCGGGCUAACCCGCGCUACGGGCAGCUGAAGCUAACAGGAGCUGAGCUAGGCUUGGCUAAGCUAAGAUCAUGGACUUCCCUGGCCACUUUGAGCAGAUCUUCCAGCAGCUGAACUACCAGCGUGUCCACGGGCAGCUGUGUGACUGCGUGAUUGUUGUGGGUAAUCGUCAUUUUAAGGCGCAUCGUGCUGUGCUGGCCGCUUGCAGUACACACUUCCGUGCUUUGUUCACUGUCGCUGAGAGCGACGCCAGCAUGAGCAUGAUCCAGCUGGACUCCGAGGUGGUGACCGCCGAGGCCUUCGCAGCCCUUGUGGACAUGAUGUACACCUCCACGUUGAUGCUAGGGGAGAGUAACGUCAUGGACGUGCUGCUGGCUGCGUCGCACUUGCAUCUGAAUACGGUAGUGAAAGCUUGUAAGCACUACCUGACCACCCGGACUCUUCCCAUGUCGCCCCCUGGUGAGCAUGGAAGCCAGCACUCGGGUAGCCAGGUGGCGGCUGCAGCAAACUCUCGCCUUCAGCGUUCUUUUCUGUUGCAGCAGCUUGGCUUGAGCCUAGUAAGCUCUGCCCUUGGCGGAACGGAGGAAGAAGGGGCAGGUGCUGGCAGAGGGGCAGGAUCCGGAUCCGUUUCAGGAAGCGGGUUGGCAGAGCAGCGAGACGGUUACCCCUCACGUCGCUUUCAUAAACGCAAACAAGGCUUUUCCCUGAUUCGCUCUGAGUCGGAACGCCUGAGGCAGAGGCCACGCCUGUCCUCGCCUGUUGAAGGAACUUUGAGGGAAGGGGAAUGUAGAACGGGAGGGGAUGAGAUUCUCUCGCCAGAUUCUCACAAUAAAGUUGUGGAAGAGGACUCCAAACUAGACGUGGUGGUUGCUAGAGUGGUCUCUGGGGACAGCAGCGACUUGCUCGAUGGCCGGGACUACCGGAGAUCCACAGGCCAGGAGGAUGUACAACUGCCCAGCCAGUCAGAUGGCGGGAGAGGAAAUGUGAUGGAGCAGCCUCUGAUGUUGCCACGCAAGGAGGAGGUGAAGGAUGGCGGUGAGGAUGACGAGGCUCCGCAGGUUGUGGUGAAAAGUGAACCGCUCAGCUCACCUGAGCCUGUUGACGAGAUCAGUGACGUCACCUCGCAGGCCGAGGGUAGUGACCAGGUGGAGGCAGCAGGUGAAAAGCUGGAACUGAGUCCUGGAGGAAGUGACCACAGCUUCACUGAAGCUCAGCCCAGCUCCGACCUGCUUCUUACAGGCGUCAAGGGACCCACUGUAGGAGUAGAGCGAGGAGUUGGAGUUGGAGUAGGAGUUGGAAGGGACGAACUUUCCUGCAGCGACGCUCUAGACUCUGGGUUCCGUAUCUCCAGCUUCCUGAGCACGAAAGGCUUCGAGUGCGGCCCCUUGUCUUCAAACCCGGCUGAAAACGUUCCCAACACCACCACAGGGGAGUGCCGGCUAGACCGUGAGCCAGCUCGCUUCCUUUUUGAUUCGGACUCGGCCAGCACGUCCUCCAGCCUGCUUCUCCCUCCCUCUCAGAGCCUCCUUUCUGCGGAUGUGCAGGAUUUCCCAGCCCUGCCGCCGGAAGCUCUUCUUCUGCGGCCAAUGCAUGAUGGUCUAGCGCCGUCAUCGUCGUCGUCCUCCUUUGGGAACUCUCGUGGAGGGUCAGCGGAUCAGCUCACUCUCUCUUUUCAAAGGAACAGUUUAGGCCUGCACACCCUCCCACGCUUGUCCAGAGGAGGCGGCAGCGGGUUUCCCUCUUAUCGACGUAUUGCCCCCAAGCUAGCAGCAGGGGGCAGUUCAAUGCGCACAGAUGGGGCUCAUCUGCAGGAUGUCGCCUCGUCCUCGUCGUCAUCGUCAGCAAUGCCGAACGGCACCGGCUUUGACGGAACGGGAUCGGGAGGUCAACAGCGCGGGAACAACUUUGCUUCGAACCCGCCUCCCCAGUUGACCCGUGCAUCUGCAGACGUGCUCUCCAAGUGCAAGAAGGCGCUCUCGGAACACAACGUUCUGGUGGUGGAGGGAGCGCGGAAGUACGCCUGCAAGAUCUGCUGUAAAACCUUCUUGACGCUGACAGACUGCAAGAAGCACAUCCGCGUUCACACAGGAGAGAAACCAUAUGCUUGUCUCAAGUGUGGAAAACGCUUCAGUCAGUCCAGUCAUCUGUACAAACAUUCAAAAACAACCUGCCUGCGAUGGCAAAGUAGCAACAUGUCAAACGCCCUGCUAUGAAAGCCUUGAUCAUGCAGCACAGGGUUGAAUCUCGUUGCUUAUUUUGCAAGAUCUACUCGCUACUAGCUUUUCUCUAACUACUGGUUAGAAAAUGGAGGGUAAGGUAUGUAGUGGGGAGUUGACCUGUCUGUACUCUGCACACAUUUCUCGGCUACAGUUGUGACAUUGUGAGGUUGCUUUGAAGAACAUUCACGGCUUCACGCCAUUUAUGAAUACACCAUAAUUUAGGGUGUUGCUGGUGUUAAAUAGGUAUUUAUAGAACAUUGCAAAUGUCAGACACCGUCAUUUAUCAUUGAUUUCCAGUCAAAACGGACGUUAAGUACAAGGUAUUCAAGCAGGAACUGCUUGUUGACCUGUAAACAACACAGAAGUCUAAACAGCUAAAUCUAAUAUUAGAUGUUUGCCUGAUUUUAGAGAUUAAGUGAUACCAAACACAUUCAGUAAUGCUGACGUCUGGACUCUAGAAUGGUGGGUCCAUUGUUCAGAGAACCUCAAAGGAAGAGGAAGAAGGAUGCAUAGAAGCAUCUGUGGAGUUUUCCAUGUUAUUUUAAAAUCAGAAUUUUUAAUGCAAUACAGAAUUCUGUGAUGGCCAGUUCAAGUCCUGUUCAUGCAGCUUGCCAUCGGCUACCGGAUCCCUGAGCGAGCACAAUUGCUCUUGUUCUCUCUCUCUGGGUGGGUAGAUGGUGCUCUCUCCCCACAUCACUCCAAAGGGUGAUGUAGAUCAGCACAAGGCUGCAUCUGUGAGCUGAUGUAUAAGAACCGAGUCGCUGCGCUUUCCUCUGAGUGCGCUGUGAUUUUACUCGGCAAUGCCGCAGCAGUUCAAAGGAGGCAUGUGCUGGUGUUCACCCUCCAGGUGUUGGGGGGCAUCACUAGUGAUAGGGGGAGUCCUAAUGAGAGAGUUGGGUAACUGAAACCAGAAGAGCUUGUACUUAAUAGCUGUUUAGACUGGAAUGGUGGUCUCUGGAAUACAUGAGGCGUAGUUUGGGUGUUGAGUAAAUGAGGGUUUUUUUAGGAAUUGGCAUCUAAUAUCUAAGAUGAUCCAACUUUGCAGCUGUAGUUUGGAACGCACAGAUCUGUUGGGUGGCACAUGGGUGGUCCGUUAACUUAAACAUAUAGCAUUUAGCAUAGCAUUCAGCAUGUCUGUGGCAGCAGAGUAAAUACAGUAUGUGCCUGGUAGUCUUCUUUAUAAUAUAAAUACUGUCAUUCACUCAAGGGUAAGGUGAUUUUGUUGCUGUAAUACAGGAGCUUGCAAAAUUAUUCAAAGUACUUCUUCACAAGUUAUCACCUUACAACCGCAGACUUUAAGUGUGAGAUUUUAAGUGUUUAGAUCAACACAAAGUAGCACAUAAUUGUGAAGUGGAAUGAAAAUGUUUUUCAAAAUUUCAAUCAGAUAAAAAUCUGAAAUGUGUGAUGUAUCCAGCCCCAUACUCUGAAACCCCUAAAUAGAGUACAGUUGUGUAUAAUUUAGUAAUUUAGUCUCAGUAUAAAUAUAAACACCUGUUCCAUGAAGGCCUUGGUGGUGUCUUAGAGAACACUAGUGAACAAACAGCAUCAUGAAGAGCAAGGAUCUCACCAGGCAGGUCAGAGAUAAAGUUGUGGAAAAGUAUAAAGCAGGGUUAGGCUACAAAAACAUAUCCCAAGCUUUGAGCAUCCCAAAUAGGCACUGUUCAAUUCGUCAUCCAAAAAUGAACCUGAAAAGGUAUUCUACAACUGCAAAUCCACCAAACUGACAGAUCUAACAAGCAGCAAAGAGGCCCAUGGUAACUCUGGAGAAGCUGCAGAAAUCCAUAAAAACUGUUGUUCACAGACGCUCUCCAUCCAACCUGGCUGAGCUUGAGCUGUUUUAUAAAGACGAAUGAACAAAAUUCUCAGUCUCUAGAUGCCCAAACUGGUAGAGACAAACCUCAAAGCACUUACAGUUGUAAUUGCAGAGAAAGAUGGCUCUGCAAUUUGAUAUAAGGGGCUGAAUACUUUUGCAACUCACAUUUUUGAGAUUUUUAUUUGAUUGAAAUUUUGAAAACUUAAAAUCUCAAUAAAAGACAUUAAAGUUUGUUGAGGUUGUAAGGUGAGAAAAUAUAAAAAACUGUAUUAGAGCGAGGCCUUUUUUAUUUAAUUUAAUGAGUUGAGUUGUUUUUGAGUUAUUAUUUUUAUUAUUACAUUUUUCUUUUAUUCUUAUAGAAUUGAAUACACUUUAAACACACUCUGCAUCAUUUAAGACCUAUAUAUUAUAUUUAACAAGGGGUGUCUAAAAUUUAGCACAGGACUGUGCACGCAAAUGCCAAAAGUCAUGAGAUAGCAGCGGUAUGUAUGUUAUGUAUAAUUCAGCAUAAAGUGGUACCUUAGGUGACGGAUUGGGAACGCUUACACCUGUAUGAGUUGUGAGGUGGUAUCUUGUGAGGGAGGUUGAACGCUGUCUAGUGUACCCAUGGCAGGGUUACGUAAAUGACUUCUGUCAGAGCGACCAGCUACGUUUAGUUGCGCGCUCAUGGCUGAAACGCACCUUUUUAACAUAUUUGAUGUUAACUUGUAGCAUUUAUGGGCGGGGCUAAACUGUUUUUUUUAUUUUUAUAGGAUUUUACAAAGACAAUGAAUUUGAAAUGGCCAUUUUGGCAGAUUAUGUCAAACCUUUAUUGCAAGAAAAAGAACUAUUUUUUUCAUUAUGUAUGCUGUUACGUUUCGAGUCAAAUCAAUACAUAUCUGUUACAUAUGUACCAUCUUAAAUUUAGUGUUUUUGCAUUAUUUAAAAAAAUGUCUGCAUUGUCGAUUAAUGCUAAAGUCAUCCAAACUAUGAAGAAAAAUCAAAUUUCCAAAGCAUUUUCUCAGUCAGCUUUAUGAGGUAGAGUCACCUGGAAUUUAGGCUUUCAGCUAACAGCUGUGCUGAACUUGUGAAGAGUUAAAAACUUGAAUUUCUUGUCUCUUAAUGUUAAUGUUUGAGAGCAUCAGUUGUAAAGUUGUGAAGAGGUAGAGUUACAGUUAUACAGUGAAUAGCUCUAUUUUAGUAAUGCUCUAAUCCAUUUUAUGAGAAGCAAGAACUACUCAACUAAGUAAAGAAAAAAAAUGACUAAUGACCAGAGGUGGAAAGUAAUGAAUUACAUUUACUCAAGUUACUGUAAUCGAGUACAUUUUAUGAGUAAUUUGUAAUUUUUAGAGUAGUUUUUAAAAUAGGUAAUUUUACUUUUACUCAAGUACAUUUUGACGUAAUUUGAAAGUAAUUUACUUUGCUACAUUGGAACACUCCCCAUUACUGAGUAAAAAAUAAACCUGUAAAAAUAUAAUAUGGUUUAUAGUCACCUAUAUGACCAUGACUUUUUAACAGUAAAGACAAAAAAUGGAUCAUAGAAACCUAUACCACUUGUUCUUGAAAAUGUUUUUUGGGGUGGUCUGAAGAAAUACUGCCUGAAAGGUCCAAAUUAUUAUGUGGAAUAAUAGUUCAUAAAAACAAUUUAAUUUAUGAUUUGUUGUGCUUUUUUUACAUCAAAUAAUUAAAAGUAACUAUGUAACUUUUACUCAAAGUACAUUUUAAAUUGAGUACUUUUUUACUUUUACUCGAGUAGUUUUUUACUUAGCAAAGUAAAGGUAAUUUUACUUAAUUACAAUUUUUCAGUACUUUUUCCACCUCUGCUAAUAACUAAGAAAUGAAGGUCAGUCAGUCCAAAAAAAAAAAUCAAGAACUUUGAAAGCAUCCUCAAUUGCAGGUGCAAAGACUAUCAAAAACGUUGAAUGAUGAAAUUGGCACUCAUCAAGGCUGCCGCAGUAAAGGAAGAGCAAGAGUUACCAGCCUCAGAAACCUCUAAAAGUUAACAGCACCUAAAUGCUUCUUAACAGUAUAUAUUUAAGUUGGGUUAACAGUUUUAAGUUACUACAUUUAUGAUUCAGUAUGUGCUCCUUCAUAGUCUGGAUGACUUCAGUAUUCAUUUACAAUGUAGGAAAAAUAAAAACAUUGAAUGAGACGGUAUUUCCUUACUUUUGGACUGGUAUUGUACUGCUGUUCCUUACCGUUCAACAUAACAGGAAGACGAGGUUUGAUGGUACUGUAACUUCUUCAGAAAUCUACUGAAAAUAUCUAGAUCAUAUCAUAUCACUUCAAAACAGAUCCGUUAGCAAUUUUUAAAAGUUGAAUGCCACCUAACCCUGGUUCGUUCUGUACUGUACAUGUGUUAAAUGGCCUAAAAUGCACCCUAUGUAAGGACAAAACAGAUAUACACACACACACACACACACACACACACACACACUGGCAAGCCUGUGAAAUUUCUGCUGUCUCUACAUAGUGCCAAAAAAUGGACUUUCUAUAUUUACAGUACUUACAAAUACGCACAAAUAAAAUAAUCCUUACGCUUGUUCUCCAGUACUGUAGCUUCUAACGUAGUGUAGAAUACGAUUUCAGUUUAGAUAAGUGUCUCUUUUGUGUGCUCUGGGUCCCAACGUUCAAUUCCAACGGAAAUAUAUGUAAUAUAAGUGAAACUUAAAAAAAAAAAGUCAAACUUUUUGAGAAAAAGUCAUUAUGAGAUGCUUAAAUUAUGUACUCUAAAUCCUAAUUUUAGAGUUGCUAGAAAAAUGCUUCUAUACUGAGAGCUGAUUAAAAAAGAAAAAGGCUUAAUGAUGAUGGGAUCAGCUGAUUGGCUAGUCUAGUUGCCAGGGUGCUAACACUGUGGUAGGGAUGUUUGAGAAGGCCUGUAGUCUUUGUGCUAAUGCCACGGUAGCAAAGUUGCACAAGGCUGGUAGCCAACGUGCUAACACUGUGGUAGUGAUGCUGGACAAUUGCAACCUGCAUUCAGUGUGCUAGCGCUGCAGUAGUGAUGCUGUUUCUGUGGCUAAAAGCUAACAGUUCUCUAUUUCACAUGAAGUUAAUAUGCUCAGUUUCUUUGAUAACUCAAAGGAGGCAGGAGAGUGAAACAAGACAGCCUCUGUUUUCGAAAAUGACUUUGUUGAGCAUGAUUGUUUUCGUUUAAGUACAGCAUUGUAAAAAACUAAAGUAUUUGACCUCUAAGGCAUUUCUUCUGUUUUUUUUUUUUUUGUGGCAUAAUUACAUUUUUUCAGAUUAUCAAAUAAACCUUAAUCUCAGAGAAAGAUAACCUGAGUAAAUAUAAAAAGCAGUUUUGAAUUGAUUAUUUCAUUUAUUAAGGGAUAAAAAGGUAUUAAACUGUGAUUAACCAACAGAGAUAACCAAAUCAUUGAUCAUCUUUCAGCCUGGAUAAGAUUACAAAGUCAUUUCUAAAUCUUUGAGACUCCAGAGAACCACAGAGGGCUAAUAUUAUUGAUCAUAAAUUAAAUGAAAACAUAGAACACUGGUAAACCUUCCCAGGAGUUGCCGGCCUACUGAAAUUACUCCAAAAGGGCAUGGACAACUCAUCUAUGAGGUCACAAAGAGAAGGGAUGGUUGCUGUUAUAUUUGGUGUAAAACCAAUGCACAAUUUCAGAAAAAGAACAUCAUACUGAACGUAAAACAUGGUGGUGGUCAUCUGAUUCUGCUUUUAUCAUUGAAGAACUGAUUUUUAUAUUUACUCAGGUUAUAUUUGUCUGAUAUGAAAAUGUGUGUGAUAAUCUAAAAAAUGAAAGUAUGACAAAAAAGCAAAAAAACAAAUACUUUUUUUUUUACAGCACUCUAUGUGGCUUGGUCACAAACAUUCAUUCAUUUUUUUUAUGAAACAAAGACAGAAAACAUACCACGAUGUAAAUAAAUAUGGCACCUUCAGCUUUUUUGCACCUUUAACUUAAUUUUUUAUAACAUAAAGUGUAGAUCAAUAGAUGUUACAAGUCUGAACUGUAAGUGUUUUAUGGUGAAAAUGCUCCGGUUGUCGAGUCCUUUUGCUAAAUCCUGUUCUAAUGGUCAUGUGGUAGCUGUGUGUGAAGUCUUAUAUGGUGAUCAUGAGCUUGUGGUUGUGUAUGUUCGUGUGUCUGUGUGUGGGUGUUAAGGGCGGGGUUGCGAUGGUUUCGGAAAGGAAUUAAAAAAAAAAAAAAUACAGAUUGCUACAAAUUUGUAUCAGCAUUACUGACAGAACCGUCUUUUAAAGGGUUAUAAAGCUGUGGUAAAGUCUGUUGUAAAUGUUUUUAAGUUACACUUAAGCCCUAUUCGGAUGGGAUUAGUUUCUCUGUGGGUCUUGGGGUAGUUUUCUCUUUUAUGAGGGGGUCCUCUGUGAUUUUGUUCUUGUCCGGAAACGACCAUGUACGUGUUUUUCUCAGACUCUGUCCUCUGAGAAAAUUACAGGCUGAAGUAUCUACUGUUUUUCGCUGAACUCCGUGGUCCUCCGAUAAUUUUAAUCUCGUCCGGAUGCACAUCUCUGAGUUUCGUCUCCUCGCAUUUAAUAAAAUAGCUGUUUUGUCCACUGCCACACACCGUAAUUUCAAUUUGGGCGCACGUUUUCCCUGGAGAUCCAUGUUAAAAACACAACAGCGAGUGGAAAUGGAGGAGCUACUGAACUCUGUCAUGUGACCAAGAAAGCCUAAAAACUCACUGGUCCUCCUGUUUUUUGAAUUGCAGUCCAGAUGCAAGAGUUUUAUCUCUGAGUAGAAGUGUGAAAUAUUUUUCACAGACAUCCCCCUUAGAAACUAAUCCCGUCCAGAUAGGGCUUUAGAAAACAUACCACAUGCUAGUUUUAGGCCAGAAUUCCCCAGAACUUUAAAAAAAGGAACUUUGUAUCGAUUUCUUCUAAAACCUUGUUGUUUGUAUCGAGGCUCUGUAGAAUUUAACUUGUCCAGAAAGUCCAGAGUCCAGUUAUGUUUUAAGUUUUUUGGGUUUCAGAGGGUUAAGUGCAUUAAACCAACUCAUAACAUCCCCUGUCAUUUCAGUAGAACCAGUAUUAAUAAGCUUUCAUAAGCAAUAUUUGUUUUAAAGCACUAUAUAAACAUAAGGAAUGUGAAUGAUGCCACAAUUUUUGAUCCUUAGCAUUAAUUAAUCUGGUGGUAAAAUUAUCAGUAUAUUUGUUGUUGUUUUUUUUCUUUGUUUUUUGUAUUUAAAUUUUUUGUCAUUUGUCGACUGUACUGUCAGUAACGUAAAGUAAACCUGAACAGAAAGCGCCUAAAAACACUGAAAAUGUUUAAAGUUCUGUGAUUAAUCAUGAUUAAAAAACAUGUUAAAAUUGAAUGCUGCGGGGCGCAGAGUGGUCUUAAGCGCUGCCACUAUGAUCGGGAGAUCGCCGGUUCGACUACCGAUUAUGCAGCUUGCCUUCAGCUGCUGGAGCCCCGAAGGGCACAAUUGGCCUUGCUCUCUCUGGGUGGGUAGAUGGCGCUCCUUCCCCUCAUCACUCCUAGAGUGAUGUUGAUUUGUUUUAAAGGACUAUAUUAAAAUAAGGAAUCUAAAUGAAGCCUCAAUUUUUGAUUGUUAGUAUUAAUUAAUCCGGUGGUAAAAUAAUCAGUGUUUUAUGUUUUUUUUGUUAAUUUGUGUUUUUAAUUUUUUUUUGUAUUCACAUUUCUUAAUGUCAUUUAUUGACUGUACUGUCUGUAAACCUGAACCCAAAGCACCUAAAAACACUAAAAUGUAUAUAUAUAAAAAAAAAGUAAAAAAUAUUUUGUGAUUAAUCAUGAUUAAAAAUCGCAGAGUGGUCUAAAGCGCUGCCACUAAAAUUGGGAGAUCGCCGGUUCGAAUCCCGGUUAUGCAGCUUGCCUUCAGCUGCCGGAGCCCCGAGAGAGCACAAUUGGCCUUGCUCUCUUUCUGGGUGGGUAGAUGGCGCUCCUUCCCCUCAUCACUCCUAGAGUAAUGGCGAUUUGUUUUAAAACACUAUAUAAACAUAAAGAAUCUAAAUUAUUUUUUUAUCCUUAGCAUUAAUUAAUCUGGUUGUCAAAUGAUUAGUGUUUUUGUUGUUUUUGUUUCUGUUUUUUGUUUUUUUUUGUAUUCAUAUUUCCUAAUGUCAUUUAUCGACUGUACUGUCAGUAACGUCUGUGAACUCGAACCCAAAGCACCUAAAAACACUGAAAAUGUUAAAAAAAAAAAAUCAGCUGACCUGACGGGGGUAAAAAAAAAAAAAAAGAAUUUUAGCUCGUUUCUGCUGUUUGACAAUGCAAACCUAUUGACUGCCUUACUGUAUGUGCUUUAAGCUGUGUGAGGCCUAGACACGCCAAAAGAGGAGGAGUUUUCUAUUGGUUCUUGUGCGCUUACUGUACCGUUAAUCACAUACUGUAGAAAUAAUAACAUUUUUUAUUCUGUUAAGAAACCAAUGGAAGAUGUAGCUCUGAAAUAAAACAGCUGUCAUGCA